CUGAGAGCUAUAAAGUGCCAUAUUCCUUUGCUAUUCUCAACCAAGAGGACACCUACUCCCAAACAAUCCAUCUUACUCAUGCAACUUCCAUGCAAGUCGAUGGGGACACCUAUGCACGUAUUCUUUCCUGAACAAAUCCAUUAAGAUCACAACAGCAUCCCUUAUUUUUCCUCUCGAUCCUCUGCAUCCAAACCGAACCCCUGCUGAUCUCGCCCUCCAUGGAAGAGAAGAGGAAGCUGCAGUGGCGGCGAGGGCGCGAUGGCAUCGUGCAGUGCCCGCACCUCUUCUUCGCGGCGCUGGCACUGGCGCUCGUCGUCGCCGACCCGUUCCGGCUCAGCCCGCUGGCUGGCGUCGACUACCGGCCGGUGAAGCACGAGCUCGCGCCGUACGGGGAGGUCAUGGGCAGCUGGCCCAGGGACGACGCCAGCCGGCUGAGGCGGGGCCGGCUGGAGUUCGUCGGCGAGGUGUUCGGGCCGGAGUCCAUCGAGUUCGACGGCGAGGGGCGCGGGCCGUACGCUGGCCUCGCCGACGGCCGCGUCGUGCGGUGGAUGGGCGAGGAGGCCGGGUGGGAGACUUUCGCCGUCAUGAAUCCUGACUGGUCAGAGAAAGUUUGCGCCAAUGGAGCGAACUCAACGACGAGGACGCAGCACGACAAGGAGGAAUUCUGCGGCCGGCCGCUCGGCCUGAGGUUCCACAGGGAGACCGGCGAGCUCUACGUCGCCGACGCGUACUAUGGGCUCAUGAUCAUCGGCCGGAGCGGCGGCGUGGCGACCUCCCUCGCGAGGGAGGCCGGCGGGGACCCGAUCCGGUUCGCGAACGACCUCGAUGUCCACAAGAACGGCUCCGUGUUCUUCACCGACACGAGCAUGAGAUACAGCAGAAAGGAUCAUCUGAACAUCCUGCUGGAAGGAGAAGGCACCGGGAGGCUGCUCAGAUAUGACCCAGGAACAGGUGCCGUCUCUGUCGUUCUCCAGGGGUUGGUCUUCCCAAACGGCCUGCAGAUCUCAGAGGACCAUCAGUUCCUUCUCUUCUCCGAGACGACAAAUUGCAGGAUCAUGAGGUACUGGCUGGAAGGCCCAAGAACGGGCGAGCUAGAGGUGUUCGCGAACCUGCCGGGUUUCCCCGACAACGUGCGCUCCAACGGCAAGGGCCAGUUCUGGGUGGCGAUCGACUGCUGCCGGACGCCGGCGCAGGAGGUGUUCGCCAAGCGGCCUUGGCUCCGGACGGCGUACUUCAAGUUCCCGCUGACGCUAAAGAUGCUCACGAGGAGGGCCACCACGAGGAUGCACACGAUGCUCGCGCUCCUCGACGGCGAGGGCCGCGUCGUGGAGGUGCUCGAGGACCGGGGCCGCGAGGUGAUGAAGCUGGUGAGCGAGGUGCGGGAGGUGGGACGCAAGCUCUGGAUCGGGACCGUGGCGCACAACCACAUCGCCACCGUCCCCUACCCCCUGGACGACUAGCCACACCGUGCCGGGUCCCUUUGUUUUCAAAAAAUGGUUCCUAGUAUGUGUACGUUUAAUGGAGUGACUGGUCAUCGUGCCGUUUGUAUUUGCCAUAAUAAUGGACAAAUUCGGAUCGAA